GCAAAGCAGAACGUUGCGAUCAGUUGUGUAAUGAUACAACAGCAUUCCUUACGACAGGGCGUGUAAUAACGGCACUAUAAGUAACAUAUAAGCCAGUUGAGAAGUAUUUAAUGCUCAAGAGAGCCUGCCUAUCUAAGAAAUCAGCGUACUUUGUAUCUAGGGUCUGUUUGAGGGAACAGAGUGCCAUGGCAACAGCAAGCGAACAGAACGAAGUGAAAGAGAGGUUCACCUUCUUCUGGCUGAAGGAUUCACCCUUCAGUCAGUUCCAUCCGUCAUGGUUUAAGGUCGAUGACAUCAUGUACUGCUGUGCCGAACAGUAUAUGAUGUACCAGAAGGCAGUGGUAUUUGAGGACCAUGAAAUCGGGCAGCAGAUUUUAGAGACUGAUGUCCCACCUGAAAUUAAGGCUCUUGGCCGCCAGGUGCGCAACUAUGAUGAUGACAUCUGGAACGCUCACUGUCAGAGGGUCGUGAAGGAGGGUAACAGAUCAAAGUUCACUCAGAACCCGCUUCUACUGAAAAAGCUGCUGGCGACAAAAGGUACCACACUGGUGGAAGCCAGCCCCAAUGACACUAAAUGGGGCAUCGGUUUGCACGAGAAGAACCCGAAGGCUUUCAAUAGGAGCACAUGGCGAGGACAGAACCUGCUCGGAGCCAUCCUUACUGAGCUCAGGGACGAACUGCUUACUGAGAUGGCAGGGAGCUCAGAGGAGUCAAAUAGCGAAGAGGAGCAGUUCACGUUCUUCUUCCGUAAGGAGUCGCCCUUCAGCCAGUUUCAUCCAGCGGAGUUCAAGGUCGAUGACGUCACGUUCAAUUGUGCAGAACAGUACAUGAUGUACCAGAAAGCAGUGGUGUUUGAAGACCAUGCAAUCGGUCAGCAGAUUCUGGAGUGUGAUGUUCCACCCCAAAUCAAAGCUCUUGGCCGCCAGGUGCGCAACUAUAACGAUGACGUCUGGAACGCUCACUGUCAGAGAGUCGUGAAAGAGGGUAACAGAGCAAAGUUCACACAGAACCCGCAUCUUCGGAAGGCGCUGCUUGCUACCCAAGGUACGACCCUGGUGGAGGCCAGCCCCAGGGACAGGAAAUGGGGGAUCGGGCUGUCUGAGAAGAACAUGAAGGCACAUAACAGAAAAACAUGGCGGGGCCAGAACCUGCUGGGCGCCAUCUUGACGGAGCUGCGGGACGAGCUGAUAGCGGAGGGGGCAGGGAGCUCGGGGGAAUCCAGCAGUGAUGACCAGACUUGAAGACGAGUUAUUGUUGUAAACGUCAUCCAAGAACAACGAAAACACAGAAUUAGGUGUAACUUUUAUUGAUAAAUUCUUAAAUCAUUUAACAUAUCAACUGUUUGCAGUGACACUUGAUUACUAGAAAAUAUGAACGAUAUUUCCAUACGUAAAGAUUACAUUUGUCACGAGCAAUACGCUAGUGUAGCCGUAACUUCCAACCAGAUAAAAGUCGUAACUUCUCAAGCAAAAAGGUUAUCAAUAGGAAAACUAACGAGCAAAGUUAUUCUCUUGAUUUCAAUAUAUGAUUUAUGAUUUUAAAAAAUACUAAUAUUUCUUUUAGAUUUUCCCUAUCAAACGCCUUCAUCCCUGGAAACCUGCAGGGAUCUGUGCCUAUAAAUGUAUACAAUUAUUAUUUCAUUUUCAUUAUGAGCGAAUAAAAUACAUAUAUACAUCAAGGCUUACAAAUCGAGCCAUGUAA